AUGCAAAUCGGACGCCUCCUCUCGACGAUCGUCGUUGGUCUCACCAUCACGCAAGCCACACCGAUCCAAGACAAAACUUCAGCCUCAACCCCUAGUGUGGAAGAGCGGAAGGAAUCGCGGGGUAAGGCACCCAAGUACUUUCAGGAAUCAGACUUCUCAAUCCACUACGACGCCCGCUUCGCCACAAAACCCCUCAACGCAACGGCCCAGCGCGAAGCAGUACAGGUCCUGAUCCAGACCUACCUCGCCACCCUCCGCGACCUCGGCGUCCAGACCUGGCUCAUGCACGGCUCCCUCCUCGGCUGGUGGUGGAACAAGCAGACGCUCCCCUGGGACUCGGACGCCGACGUCCAAGUCACCGAGAACGGCAUCAACUUCCUCGCCGCCUACUACAACAUGACCACCUGGUACUACAAGUAUCCGACCAUCCCGCAGGGCCGCUACUUCCAGCUCGAGGUCAACCCCAACUACGUCCACCGGGGACAGGACAGCUUUGACGAGGACAACGUCAUUGACGCCCGCUGGAUCGACAUGGACAAUGGGCUGUUCAUCGAUAUCACUGCCGUUCGCUAUGUCGAGGACCACCCCGAGGGCGAGGGUGUGCUGGCGACUAAGAAUGGCCACGAGUUCCGCGAUACGUUCCUGUAUCCCUUGCUCGAUACCACUUUUGAGGGUGUCAAGGCCAAGAUUCCUUACAAGUACAAGGAGAUGCUUAUCUCUGAGUAUGGAGAGAAGGCUUUGACAAAUCAGGAAUUCAUGAACCAUAAGUUCGUCGACAGCAAGAUGCAAUGGAUUCCUACUGAUGAACUCUGA